AUGAAUCCCCCAAAAAAAUUUAAGGGGAAAUCUGUUACAUUUGAGCAAAAACAAACAUUAGUCUUGUUCAUACAAGAACAUCCGGAACUACAUAAGGGCAAGUUUAGCCCAUCGUUUACUUCUAAACAUAGCAAAGAUUUAUGGACACAAAUAAGCAAUGAGCUAAACUCUAUAGUUGGCGCAACGAAAGAUCCAUCAAAGUGGAAAAAAUGCUGGAUAGAUUUAAAAAGUAAUACCAAGUCCAAAAGUGCAGAAAUCAAAAAAAAUUGUGGAAAAACAGGUGGAGGAAUGAAUGAAAGUGAAGAACUUGAUGAUUUAGAAAAUCAAAUUUUAGCCAUUAUAGGGGAAGUAUGUUGUUCCUAUAGUAUGAAGUACUAUGUUCCUACUUCCUAUACAUAA